AUGAAUCUACUUCAACCAGUACCUCAAAGCACGUUGAUCGCUCAAAAACGGUUUAAACCUAUCGAAACCUGUGAUAACUGCAAAGAGCGUAAAGUAAAGUGUGACAAAGGACGGCCAGUAUGUGGUACUUGCAAAAAAACUAAUCGAGAUUGCACAUAUGAUUACUCGGCAUCCUCUAAACGAGGGCGGCCUAAGAAUGAAUAUGAAUUACUCCAAGAACAAUUAGAAGACAUUCAGACUUCGACAUUUCAACAAGUCGAUCGAAUAGAGUCUAUAUUGGAAAUGGCCUUAUCAGGUGUGCCGCAAGGCAAUGCGUCCGAUACGAAUUUAUUGAUGACAAACGGGAACAUCUAUAAUAAUACAUAUAAUAACAGCAACAAUGACAAUGUCAACGAUAACAACAUGAGUGAAUGGCGAGGAUUAUAUCCAAACGUUGCAAGCGAGUCAGCUUCAUUACCCAGUCUAAAUUUAAAUCUAUCUGAAGAAACGCUGUACCUUUCCACCCAGCUCGCUGCCAGUUUGCCCAGACAACCACAUCAGGAGGACAACACUGUCGUUGACUCAGAUUUAUUCAUUGGACAUCCAUUUGCAAUGCUGGAGAAUAACGCAUUAGAUCAACUCACUGAUAAAAUGGAAAGCUUAAAUAUCUUUGAAUCAAACCAAUAUGUUGGAGAGGGAUCCUUGCUUUUAUUGAAUGACGGUGGAGAUGAGCUAAUUUUACCGCGUUGCCCCGCCAACUUGUCACAAGUAGAACAGGAUUUGAAGUGUUUACCUGGAGCAGAGAUAGUGGAUCUACUUAUUGACCUGUAUUAUCAGAAAAUUUAUCGUCACUAUCCUCACAUGAAGAAGUCUGUCUUGGAUUCCUUGGGUGAUCUAUCAACGCCACAACAUUUUCUUCUCCUCAAUAGUAUCAUGUUUGCUGCAUCGCCUUUUCAUCCAAGCGAAGAGCACCAAAAAAAUGGCAUAAUUUAUCACCAGCGGGCUGUUGCCCUACUUCAGCGUCACUGCAUGAGCACUCCACAUGUGUUAACUGUUAUUAGCCUUUUUAUACUUGGUUUAAAUACGCGUAAGAUGGGCUCGGCUUGGAUUUUCCUUGGCAUGGCUUCUAAAAUGGCUUUUGAAUUAGGUCUUCACCGUAAAAUCAAGAGUCCACAAAUGACCCCUGAAGUCAAAGAGAUGAGAGACAUGGCAUUCUGGGGAUGCUUCGUUUCCGAGGCCUGGGCAUCUGCAUGUUACGGACGUCCUAGUGCCAUAGAUGAAGCGAUGUGUGAUGUUGAUCUUUUGCCCAUACCUCAGACUCCUGAGCCGGAUCUUGAAACUCGCCUGCACAUUGCAUGGAUUUUACAUAUUGAUUUAUUAAGAAUAUUCGCUCAAGUACGUAAAUACUUGUACGGAAGGGCUAAAAUUGCUGGAACUAGAAGAGAGGAAAGCCAAUUUAAGUUCCUAGAUGCCGUUCUAGGAAAAUGGUCUUCCACAUUGCCGCAAUGGCUAAGAUUCGAAGAAAUGACGAAGGAUGUAAAAAACAGUUUACUUGGUUCAAUAGGAGGGGAGAUGCAUACAUUGUUCUGGACAGUGAUCAUAUUGCUACACAGUCGUAAUCUUGCUAUGUUUACCACACAUCCUAAUAAUCCGCUAUUACGGAACAUGAAUGACCCAUCUAUAUUAUUAUCGCAAACAAUGUGUGUUCAUGCUGCUACUAUCCUUCUUCAUUUGCUUGACGUUUUGAUGAACACCGUUCCUGAUUUCUACGAGCAAUCGUGUGCGGCGCUGUUCUCAUUUGCGCCAGCUAUCCGUGUAUUAUCCUGGACUGCACAGAGAGGCGAUGAGAAAUCAAUGCAAAUGGUAGAACGGUUGAAAGAAAUUAAGGAUCAAGUCAAAGAGAUUGCUAGGAAUUUUGCUGUACGAGCAGGUCUCGAGAGUCGAUUAGAAGGAGAAGAGAAGUUACACAAGUGGUGGUCGGGUAAGGAAGAAGAGGCGAAGAAUGCACAUAUACAAGACGGCGACUUUACGAUUGUUGAUCCAGUUCAAUACAGGAAACAGUAUUCUUAUAUUUCUAAGAAAGGCAAAAACGCCGUUAGCAAUAAGCAAAUAAACAAUGAACAGCCGACGUCGUAUAAUUAUGAGGGCGAAUUUACCUUCACGUUCAAACAUCAACAAUCAAAUGAUAGCAACCGUUUUGUACCUCAUUUAUCCGAUGCCAUCGUUCAACAGCAGUUGCAACAGUCACAACAGGCACCUCAUGUAUUUACUCACCAAGAACAGCAAUUGGAACAGUCACAACCUUCAGUGUCUUUGCAACAAGUACCACAACUGUCUCUAUUUACGUUGGAUAACAUCUGCUUCGGUGCAAAUGAUUUGGCAGGUAAUCAUGAUCUCUCUCAGCAACAUAACGACGCGGAUAUAAUUCCUUCAUUUGAUCCGUUCAAUGGAGGUAAUUUCCACAUUGAUGAAAAUGGUGCACAAGAGCUGUGGCAAUGA